GCUAUGGAAAUAUCCCAAACGCAAAUUCGCAAGUUUUCGUGAUUGCUGUAAUUUCUUUACGUCUUUUUCCCCUUUCCGCUUGCAAAGAGAGAGAGAGAGAGAGAGAGAGAGAGAGAGAGAGAGAGAGAGAGAGAGGUGGCCGGCAAAGGGGAAAUAGGGAAACUUAUCCGGCCGUUUUGUUGUUUGUCUUCUUCGGCAAGUCCCGCACGGACACCUGGCCAUGGUUUCGUCAUCAGGACCGGUUCACGAGUACACUCACUCUCUACAUUCCAGAAAGAAGCUUCGACUAAUAGAUGUUGAGGACCAAGAUAGUCAUUCAAGUGUCUGUCUAGGCAUUGACAAUGGCGCUGCCUCAUCAAUGCAGCAAUCCAACUCCAUUAAUAUCUUUUAUUGCAAUUCUGAUGAAAAGUUUGGUCCAGAUUGUGCUAUGAAGAUGAAUUGCCAGUCCAAUGGAAAUGGUAGUGAUAUUAUGGAGGUUUGUAACAGUGGUGGAUCUUCAUAUCAUGACCAGGGUUUAUUGGGGUAUGCCUCGUCGACUUUUGUGAGUGGAUGGAUGUACCUAAACGAGCAUGGUCAGAUGUGUGGUCCAUAUCUUCAACAACAGUUAUACGAUGGUUUAUCUACUGGUUUCUUGCCAGAUGAACUUCCUGUGUAUCCUGUUAUCAAUCAAACCUUACUGAACCCCGUGCCUUUGAAGUACUUCAGACAGUUUCCUAACCAUGUUGCAACUGGUUUUGCAUAUUUGAGUAUGGUCACAACUAACACGGUCAGUCCUUCAAAUUAUCCUACCUCGUGUACUGUAGAUUCAGCAGCCCAGGGACAAAGGAAUGUUGUUAGCCAUGCUGCCGGAGCUGCUGUUCACGGUGACUCGGAGUUGUCAACCCAUGUUAACUGUAACAGUUAUAAUCCCAAUAACUUCACAGUGACUCCUGAACCAGCUAGCUGCGUUACACCAUUUACAUUACCGAGAGGAGAAGAUGUUUGUUGGUUUAUUGAGGAUGGUGAAGGUAGGAAGCAUGGACCAUAUUCUCUUUCACAAUUAUAUUCAUGGCAUCAGUACGGGUAUAUCCGAGAUUCAGUUAUGGUAUAUCAUGCUCAGGCUAAAUUUAGUCCUGUGACAUUAUCAUGUAUAAUCAAUGCAUGGAGAUUAGCUCAAGGUCAGUUUGCACUGUAUUCUGAAGCCAAAUACAAUGAGAUGCUGGUAGCAAAUGUACCAACAACUGGCUCAGGGGGCAAUAUCAUAUCUGAAAUUUCUGAAGCAGUGUCAUUUCAGCUGCAUAAUGGAAUACUGAAAACAGCUCGUAGGGUUGUGGUAGAUGAGAUCAUCCACAGCAUCAUUUUAGAGUUUUAUGAUACUAAGAAAGAUUCUCAACAUGUUAAGAUUGAGUCAGCUAAUUUCUCCCAAAAGAAUAUUGAAUCAAUGGAUCAAGCUGCUGUCAGUUGCUCUAUGGAUGCUGGAACGCAGUCCAAAAUUAGCAAUGAGGAGAAUCAUGUUUCAGAGGGUGAGGCAGCAACUUCUCAAAAUGUAUCUCACCAGAAAUGCGUUAAUUGUGUAUCUAAUGACUCUCGUAUCAUUAGAAAGUCUGUGGGAAACAUUGAAAACUUUUGGGAUUCAUAUUCAGCUGUUUGUCGAGUUCUUUUUGACUAUUGCAUGCAAGUUAUGUGGAAUGCUGUCUUUUAUGAUCCUGCUGUAGAGUAUUCAUCUGCCUGGAGAAGGAGAAAACUUUGGUCUUGUGCUUCAGAGGUUUCUACCGCUACUAGUGAUUGCAGGGACCAUUGUGAAAAGAGUAUUGACGUAAUGGAUGGACCUUCAGUAUCUCCGCUGGAAUCCUCUGCUUGUGAAAUUGAUUGCCCUCCUGGGUUUGAGUUUCUGAAAAAUGCCUUAGAUAGUCAGGCUCAGUUGUCUUGCAUUACUUCAUCUCUACCUGUGGGAGAGAAGUCAUCCAAACAGAACAGUUCAUCAUGCAACAGUGGUACGGUUGAUGAUAUAAAAUGCAUUCUGGAAGGCGUAGAAACAGAGCUUCAUUCAUCCACAAAAGCAUUUCUCUCCAAUUAUGUAAAGAUCCUUGUUGAGGAUGAAGUGAAUAAAGUAGUUAAUUCAUCGAAAGAUAAAAAAUCAAAUGAGGCAACAAUUUCUUUCAGUCAUUAUUUCCACAUGGGUGACCACAAUUCCGAUGGUGUAUGUGACAAACUGAACGUAGAUUCAAAUGGAAUUUCUGCUGAAAAGAAUUUGUCAAAUGAUUCUCAAAAUCUACUACCGGCUAGCGAAUUCUUCGCUCAUAGCAAGUCUCAGAAUUCUAUUUCUACUCUUUUGGCUAGUAUAUUCAAGAAAUCAUGUGUGUCUAUAGGCGAUAUGGUGGAUGAUGAAGAAAUUGAUGAGCAAUUACCACCUGGAUUUGAAGGCAAUGCUAGAAGUGUUGUACCAGCAAACGUUUGUAAAUUUAGACCUUCAAGGUCGGAGGAGUGUAUCCCUAAGAUUGGAGGAUAUGUUGCCAUGGCAAUGUUCCGUCAGAAGCUGCAUGAUGAUGUUCUAAGGGAGUGGAAAUCAUUGUUCAUAGACAGUGUUAUCAGUCAGUUCUUUAUAUUGCAACGUGGUUUAAAGGAACGCGGUGAUUCUAACAGAAAUGUGGUGGAGAAGGGCAAGCAUAGCCAUAACCACAAGAAAAAGCUGGCACAAAAAAAGUUGAGAUCUUCUGCUCAUCUUAUGACUCCAGCCAACUCUAGGUCGUGUAAGCAACCUCUUGGAAAGCGAAGAAAACAUGAGCUUACCAGAGAUGUAUCACAAAAUGAAAGUGCUGAUGUUGAACCUCCUCUUGUGAUUAGAAGGAGUUUAAAGAAAAAGGACAUGAAUGAAUUAUCUUUGGGUGCUAGGAAUCUAAAAGCAGCAGGUAAAGGCAGUUCGUCAAGUGAUCAUUUAUCAGACGAGAAAGUAAGUUGUCAAAAAGUACAGAAGGCCAUCGAGAGGCUUCAUAAUGAUGCUGUAAAGCCUCUCAGAGAGAUGGAGUCAGCCUUCACUGAGGAUCUUGGGAAAGUUGUUGGUAGCAGAGACCAGGAUUUUGGAAGUGAGGAAAAACACACUGUUGAUUCCUCCCCCAAAAGGCUAAAAUGGAAGAAAUCAAAGCCUAAAAAAAGUAGGAACUUCAAGGAUGAUGAAGUUGCCAAAGAUUCUGGGAAGGUUGUUGGUAACAGGGUCCCUGGUGUCAGAAUUGGGGAAAAGCUUACUCAAAAGUCCUUCAAGAAGGCAUUAAAAGAUGAUCUAUGA